AUGUCUACCCAUCUAAAUUCAUACAGAUCGUUGGCAUUAUCAUCAACAGCACACUAUUCGCCAGCAUUUCAUGCAGCAACUGAUUACGAUAAACAACAGUAUCGAAUAUUGUGUGAACGAUUACCUGGUUUGAACCCAGCACAAAUCAGCAUUUGCCAACAGCACCCAUUUGCAAUGCCAUCAAUUGGACGUGGUGCCAGAGAUUCAGUAGUUGAAUGCCAAGCGCAAUUCAAAUUUGAGAGAUGGAAUUGUUCAGAAAGAAUUAUGAGGCAAUUAAACAUAACGACUAGUGGUUUCCAGGAUUUGCUAGGUCGUACACUACGAGCUGGAAAUCGAGAAACAGCUUUUAUCUCAGCUGUAGCAAGUGCAGGUAUUGUGCAUGCUAUUACGAAAGGAUGUAGUGCAGGUAACUUGACUGAAUGCGGUUGUGAAAGUCAACCAGGUGGACAACGAUAUGCUGAUAUGGAUCACAGUAGUGGAAUGGGACGAGACAAGUUUUCGUGGGGUGGUUGCUCAGAUAAUUCCAAAUAUGGUGUUCAUUUCGCUAAGCAAUUCUUAGAUCGCUUUGAACGAGAACAAUAUGAAAAAACUCGUGAUAUAAGACAUUUGAUGAACCUUCACAAUAACUUUGUAGGCCGUGAAGCGAUUAUCCAAAAUAUGCGUAAGCAGUGCCGAUGUCACGGAGUAAGUGGUUCGUGUGAAUUCAAAACUUGUUGGCUACAGAUGCCAAGAUUUGCAGAAAUUGGUGAAAUGUUGAAACAACGCUAUAAUCAUUUUGCUGUUCAGGUAGCAAAAAGGGCGAAAAAACGUCUGAGAAGAAAGGAACGUUCUGAACGUAAAAAACCAUUACGUGGAAAUGAAAUUGCGUACAUUAACAAAUCACCAAAUUACUGUGAGCGAAACGAUGCAGAAGGUAUUCUCGGAACACAUGGUCGUGAGUGUAAUCAAUCGUCGCUUAAUUCGGAUAGCUGUGAUUUACUUUGCUGCGGUCGAGGUUAUAAUACGAAAGAAGAAAUUCGUACCGUUCAAUGUUACUGCAAGUUUGUUUGGUGUUGUUCUGUAAAAUGCAAGACGUGCACAGAGAAAGUCCUUGUCCAUACAUGCAAGUAA